CAGUUCUCAAUAAUUUUCUUGAAACGGUUGUGCAUCAAAAAAGUCUUCCGUUUGAAAUUCUUCGCACGAUGACAGAUCAUUUCAAUUACGGACCUCGUUUGAAUUUCAAUCAUCUUCAUCAGCAACAACAGUUGCAUUCAACAAUCAUUCCUUCGGAGUAUCUCGGAGACAAGUCAGGAUUUGAGUCCAGAACUCUUCCAUCGGAAUCUAUUAUGUCAGCCAACAGCAGCAGUCUUGGAUCUCACUGGAAGAGAAUUGAUUCGUUCACUAGUGGAAAAUCUACCCAAUCAAUUCCCACUACAAUUUCUUCGAAACCUCUAACUAUUCCUUCAUCGAUUUCUGCCAACACCGCUUCCAUCCCACCAAAUCAUGGUUCAGAAUUUUCGAAAGAUUUCAAGAUGUCAUCCUCAUCGAGCAUGACUAGUGAGUAUUCGGAAACCAUCCAUGGAAACUCGUUGGCAUCUCUGGCUCCAUCGUCACAAAUAUUGAGCUCUUUGGUUGAAACUACUGAGAAUCGGGAAAUGAGAUUGUGCCUCGGUAAGCAAAUGGAAGGAAUUCUGGAACUGGAUACGAUCCUCGAGCAAACUGUGGAAAAUACAACUGAAACAGUUGUCAAGCAAACAUCCAAACUUGCUGAGUUGCUGCAAAAUGGAAAACGUACUUGGGGACAUCAUGAUGAGCUCGUUGAUUGCCUGGAAGAAACUGUUGGUGGAACAGUAGAUGAGCUGGAAAAGUUGGAAAAGAAGCUUCUUGAUAUGGACGCCAAGAUUGUCGACAAGUUCCGUGACAAGGAGAAGGUGGAAAAGUUUGUUCGUGAUCACGAGAGAAUCUACGAAAUCAAUGAGAAGACCAUCAAUAUGAUAUCAGAGAAUGAGAAACGUGUUGCUAAAAUCCGUCAAUUCCUGGAUAUCGGGAAGGUUGAUGUUGGGCCUCUGACUGUUUUUGAGCAAGAAGAUCAUCGUGUGCAACAGGCAGUCAAUAGCCUUGUCAAUUUGAUUCACGAGCUUCCUUUCAACAAGAAUGAACGCCUUGAUUUCAAUCACACUAUCGAAAAGAUUGUUCAAAACCACAAUUAUGAUGGGAAGUACAAGUUUGAGCUUCUGACUCGUCAUUUGAUGCGUGUGAUGAGCAACUGGGAUGCACAAGAAUCAAUGAGCAGCCUGAACAGUGAUUCCUGGAUGAGUACAUCAGUUGUUUCUAGUAAAGGAAAUCAUUUGGAUGUAUUUGAUAGCUCCUCGUUUGCUCUCUCUGGAUUGUCAACUGAUGACUCGAGUCUUAAUGAUUUAGACGAUGCCAUUCGCAGUGCAAGUAUUCGUAAAGCUGUUGAAGGUCCGAAAGGAGUUUAUGAGUGCGGAUCUUGGGAUUCUGCUUCAAACAUUUCUCAAUGGUCUACCUACUCGGAUGGUCACUCCAGUGUGCAGUCACUUCGCGAGCAAAUGUCCUUGUCUUCGUAUGAGCUUCGCUCGUCCUCUGGCCACUCGACACUUUCUUCUCUCUCCACCAGUUCCAUGCCGGACAAUAUGUCUGAGAUUCCGUGCAAGAACUAUUCAACCAAUUCCAUGAAGACUGCCUUUUCAAACGGUAGCUCAGUUGUCAGUGUUCCACCAAGAUCGUUUGAUGAGAAAUCAAUGCUCCAAUCUGCCACUGGAACUCGUACGGAUUCGGCUUCUUUCAAUUUUUCUAGUGUUUCUCUUGGUGAGAUAGUUGAGGAUGCACUUCAUACUGCAAAGGAUGUUGCUGAAACUCAAGCUUCUCAUUUGUUUGAUGCUCUUCAAAACUCGGCUCAGAAAUGCGGAGUUGCUCUUAGUGACCUGAUGACCGCUGUCUCCACCAGCUCAUAUAGUCUUGAAGAGACUUACACUUCUCAACCAAAGUCUCCUGCCCAUUAAAUUUUUUUCUAUUCGACUUUUUGUAUUCAAUGCAUUUUUAUUUAUUUUUAUAGUAUCAGUAAAGUUUUAGAGUUGG